ACAUUCAAAAGGACCUAGUUAAUAGCUCAUCUGGGAUAUCCACAGAGCAUGUUGCCAUCAAAGCUGUUAUUAGUGUGGCAGGACCCUUAUGGAUGGGAAGGCAAGUAGCAUAGCCCCAGCACCAAAAAUUAGACCAGCCUGAAUGCCUUCUCUGCUUCUAGGAUAUUACUGCCCAGGAGGGGCGUGGACCCCGACACCUCUCAGUGGCCCAUGGGGAGAUGGUGGCUCUGUGGGCCACAUCUGCCCUGAAAGCUCACAGGUGGCCACAUCCCAGACAGAUGGGCAUCACAGCAAUGGCUCAGGCCAAGAGAGCCACCAGGAGAGGACCUGCCCUCCCAGUCAUUACUGUCCCCAGGGCACUGGCCACAUCCCCUUUCCUUGCCCUCAGGACAUGUCCAGUCCAUGGAAGGGCCAAAGCCCAGCCCAGAGCUGCUGGCUAUGUUUUGCAGGAGCUGAAGUCACCCACCCUGACAGAGGCAUCCAUGCCAUGGCAGGGGGCCCCUGCCCUCCAGGCCACUUCUGUCCAGUGGGCACAGCAGUGCCCCUGCCUUGCCCUGUGGGUACCUUCUCAGAUCGAAUGUUUCUCACCAUGGCAUCGGAGUGCCUGUCCUGCCCCUUUGGCCAUUUCUGUGGUGCAUCUGGCCUCACUGCCCCCUCUGGACCCUGUUCACCUGGCUACUUCUGUAUGGAAGGAGUCUCCUCCCCAACCCCAGCAGGCCACGCAGAGCACGGGGGGCCCUGUCCCCAAGGCCACUUCUGCCCCAGUGGGACCAGCCUUCCCCAUCCUUGCCCUGCUGGCUCCUACAGCAACCUGACUGGCCAAGCAUCCUGCUUCCCCUGCCCUGCUGGCUAUUACUGCCCUGAGAACAUCACCACUUACAGCGGGCACCCCUGCCCCACUGGCUUCUACUGCCCCAGAGGCACCAAAUAUGCCACCCAGUUCCCCUGCCCUCGGGGCUACUACAACCCAGACCCAAUGACCCAGAGCCUGGACAGCUGCCUGCCUUGUCCCCCAGGCCACUACUGUGGGCAGGAGAAUCUGACCCAGGCCUCUGGACCAUGUGAUGCAGGCUGGUUCUGCGUCUCAGCAGCCUGGACCGCCCGCCCCUUUGACCUGGACAACUACACCAGUACCAAUUGCCUGUGUCCAGCCACGGCCACAGGGGGGAAGUGUCCAGCUGGAUCCUUCUGCCCUGAGGGCAGCUCAGAACCCAUGCCCUGCCCACCAGGCUCUUUCUGCGCCACCUCUGGCCUGUCCACACCCAGUGGGCCCUGCCAGGCUGGCUACUUCUGUGCCAAAGGAGCAGUGUCCCCAGCUCCAGAGGAUGGGCUGACAGGGGCCCCCUGUCCCCCAGGAACCUUCUGCCCUGCAGCAUCACACAGGCCAACACCAUGUCCCGCUGGCACCUUCUCCGGCCUCCCAGAGCAGACCAUGCCCUCUGCAUGCCAGAGCUGCCCACGAAGCUUCUACUGCAAGGAGGCUGGUCUACAGGCCCCCAGUGGGCCUUGCCCAGCAGGUUAUUACUGCGACUCUAGUGCUGGGCCCAUCAAGGACUUCAGCCUAUAUCCUUGUCCUCAAGGCUAUUACUGCCCCCUGGGCACAGCCAUGGCCACACACCACAGGUGCCCAGUAGGUACAUACGGCCCUCGGAGAGGGCUAAGGAGCAUCGCUGAAUGCCAGCUGUGCCCUGCUGGGAAAUUCUGUGCACUGGCAGGGCUCGCGGCACCAACAGGAGACUGUGCUGCAGGGCACUGGUGCAAGGGAGGAGCCACUAGCAAGGACCCCACGGAUGGGGCACGGGGACUCCUCUGCCCUGCUGGGCACUACUGCCUUGAGGGAGCUCCUGUCCCCACUCAAUGCCCACCUGGUACCUGGUCUGAGGAAGGGAACAAAACCCCAGAAGGAUGUCAAGAUUGCUCUGGAGGGAGACUCUGCUCUAGCGGCCACCUGACAAUCUGGCCAGCACCUUGCCACCUAGGUGUUUCCUGCACUGGAGGAACUGCCCCUGCCACCCCCAUGGAGGGCCUCUCUGGGAGAUCCUGCCCCCCUGGGCACGUCUGUCCUCUGGGAAUGGUUGACCCCACUUCGUGUCCUCCUGGCUCCUACACCCCUGGCACCCACACAACAAAAUGUUACAUCUGUCCCAGUGGCCACUACUGUGUUCCAGGGCUGAGGCCUCAGCUGUGUCCAAGAGGUUUCUACUGCCCUGAAGGGACAGGGCUUAACUGGCAGCCCUGCCCUCCAGGCACCUAUGGCCCUGUGCAGGGACUGAGCAGCCUGCCAGAAUGUCAAGCCUGUGAUAGGGGCAGGUUCUGCCCAAGUGCCAAUGCUACGGAGGCUGGUGGACAGUGCUGGGAAGGCUUCUUCUGCUCCAGAGGGUCCACCCGGCCCAACCCAGAGGCCGACACUGAAGAGGAGGCUGGUCCAUGUCCUCAGGGACACUACUGCCCCAGGGGUUCAGCCAUACCCCAGCCCUGCCCACCUGGCACCUUCAGCACACGCAUCAAGCUCAGCUCAGAGGCUGCCUGCUCCCCGUGCCCGCCUGGCCACUACUGCGGCUCUGCAGGCCUCACCAGCCCUUCUGGGCCCUGCAGCACAGGCUUCUUCUGCCGCCAUGGAGCCAUCGUACCCAAUGGCUCCCUGGAAGACGGGACCAGUGGCCCUUGCCCUGCAGGGCACUUUUGCCCCCCAGGCACUGUUACCCCGAGGCCAUGCCCAGCAGGCACCUACAACAGCCUGGCCUCGCAGGGCCACUGUGAGUCUUGUCCUGAGGGUUUCUUCUGCCCGGCAAACACCUCCUCGGUGGUGGGAAACAAGUGUCCAGCUGGCCAUUACUGCCCUGCUUCCACAUCCUUUGCUUCUCAAUUCCCCUGCCCCAGGGGCACCUACAAGCCACAGAGAGGGGGUGCCCAGCAGUCAGACUGCACACCCUGUGAACCAGGUUCCUACUGCCUCCUACCUGGGCUAGUGGUCGUGUCUGGGCCUUGUAGUGCAGGGUUCCACUGUACUCAGGCAGCGGUUGUCCCAAAUCCCACUGAUGGGAUCACAGGAGACCUCUGUCCACCAGGCCACUUUUGUCCCAAGGGUAGCCCCAAGCCCACUCCAUGCCCCCCAGGAUCCGGGAAACCCUUCCCAGAUGGGCCAUGCUCAGCAGGUUAUUACUGUCCUCCUGGCCAGACCUCAGCCACCCCUACAUCUUUCCGGUGUCCCCGUGGCUUCUACUGUCCAGAGGGAUCUCCCCAGCCAAGGGCCUGUGAGAAUGGAACAUUCCAGCCCCAGGAGGCCAAGGGGUCUUGUGAGCCCUGCCCUGCAGGAUUCUACUGUGAAGCAUCAGGCACAGGUCUCACAGCCGGUGGCCCCAGCCUGUGCCUCCAGGGCUACUUCUGUCCCCCUGGCUCCCACUCAGCCACUGCCCACCCAUGCCCUCAGGGGACAUUCGGGCCCAGGCGAGGGGCCAGUGCAGAACUGGACUGUGAGCUGUGCCCAGCAGGGAUGUUCUGUUCAUCAGAAGGGCUGUCCCAGCCAUCAGGGCUCUGCCAGUCAGCGCACUACUGCACAGGAGGUGCGGUGUCUCCCACCCCCCUCAAACACAAGGUGGAGGCCCCAGGACUUUCUGGGAAUGAUAUCUGCCCUCCCGGCUUCUUCUGCCCCAGGGGAACAGGCUCCCCAAUGCCAUGCCUGCCUGGGUCUUACUCCUCUGCCCCAGGCCUGGCCAGCGAGGACCAGUGCCAGCCGUGUCCUCCAGGGCACUACUGCAGCAACCCUGGGCUCUCCCAUGUCCCAGAGGCAGAACUCUGCGAUGCAGGGUAUAUCUGCCUGGGAGGCAGUGCUGUGCCCUCACCUUCUGAUGGAACCCACGGAUACAGAUGUCCUCCUGGCUUCCACUGUCCCUCAGGGGCUCACAGCGAGCAGCCCUGUGAACCUGGCACCUUCAGCCCAUUGCCUGGGGCUGACACCUGCCUGCCUUGCCCAGGAGGCACCUACUGCCAAAAUUUUGCUACCGUGGAGCCCACCACCUGCCCCAAAGGUCACUAUUGCCCAGGAGGGACACCCUCUGCUCUUCCCUGCCCGGAGGGAACCCUGAACCUACGGGAAGGUGCUCUCUCCCCCAGGGCCUGUCAGCCCUGUCCUGCAGGGAGAUACUGCCCUGGUGAGGGCAACGGGCAGACUGAGGGACCCUGCUCAGCUGGUUACUACUGUGAGGGGGGAGCUUCCAGCCCCACUCCCCAGAGAAACUCUGCCUUCCCCCUCAAUGGACCCUGUCCCCGAGGCCACUACUGCCCCCAGGGGACUCUGUACCCUGUGCCCUGCCCGAUGGGGACAACAAGGAGCAGCCCAGGAACGUGGUCCCCUCUUCCAUGUCCUCCAGGGACCUUCACUCCCCAAGAUGCAUCAGGCCUCCGGGAAGAGGGUGACUGCUCCGUCUGUCCCCCCGGUAACUACUGCAGAGGUGGACAGGUGUGGGGGAAAUGUCCUGCUGGUUAUUACUGCCCCCCUGGGGCCUCCGAACUGAUAACACAAGGUCCCAGGGAGUCUCAGACCUCGUGUCCCCAAGGACAGCUGUGUGCCAAGCAGUGCCCACCAGGUUUUUACUGCCCAGAGGGCAGUGGAGAACCCACCUUGUGUCCACCUCACACCAUGGCGGCUGCCCCCGGAGCCAAGCAGCAAGAGGAAUGUGGGCCUUGCCCUGCUGGGCGCUGGUGCAAAGCUGGGGACCCGGCCACCCACCCCUGCCCUGCCGGCCACUACUGCCCUGGAGGGAGUGAGACCAGCCCAGGAACCCCUCAGGCCUGCCCUGAGCACACCUAUCUGCCUGCAGAAGGAGCCCAGAGUCUGGCAGAGUGCCUCCCCUGCCCUCCUGGAUACCUCUGUGUGUCCCCAGGUCUCUCCUCCCUUGAAAGCCACCUUUGUCCUCCAGGCUACUGGUGUCCAGGUGAUCAGGGUGCCUUUCUCUGCCCACCUGGCACCUUCCGGACAAAACCAGGGGCAUCAUCAAAAGAAGACUGUGAGCUCUGUCCCCCUGGCCACUACUGCCCCCAGGCCGAGCUGAGGGAUCAUGCAAAUGUGUUUGUGAUCCCCUGCAGAGCUGGAUUUGAAUGCCCUGCAGGUGCUGUGGCUGAGGUCACUUGUAGGGCUGGCUCCUACUGCGAGACCCAGACAGGGAUCCCCCCACUUUGUCCUGGGGGCUAUGCCUGCCCUGCUGGCUCCUCCACCUACACUGGCCCAGGGCAGCUCUGUUUGUUUCCUUAUUACUGUCCCCUGGGCAGUGCCCAUCCACAUGAGUGCCCUGGGGGCUCCGAGGCACUGAACAGGAGUGGCCUCAGGGUCUCAGAGGAGACUUGCUGCCACCUCUGUGAAGCAGGCACCUACCGCAGCCUGGCUCUGGAUUCCCAAGCCUGCCAGCCCUGCCCCCCUGGAUUCAGCUGCCACCAGGGAACAGAGAGUUACCACAGCCAGCCCUGCCCAGUGGGGCAUUACUGUCCAGCCAAGACUCACAGCCCCAGGCCCUGCCCCUCAGGAACCUUUGGAAACAGCAGCCAGGCAGGGGCAGUUGGAGAGUGCCUGCCAUGCCCCGCAGGCACCUUCAGUGCCCAUCCUGGCCAGGCUGGCUGCCUCCCCUGUGGGAGCUCUUCUUUCUCUCCACCUGGUGCCUCCCACUGCACGUGUCGGGGCCUUAACAGGGUCUUCCAGAAGUCAGAUGGUUCCUGCAUCUGCCAGGCAGGACAUGAGUCCUACAGCAGGAGGGACCUGGAAAGUGAGGAGAGCGACAGUGAUGAGGACUGUCAGCCCCAGGUCGCUGAGCGCUGCUCAGCUGGAGAAGUACGUCUGGCUGCCACCCGCAAGUGUGUGUCCCCCCAGCUGCACAACUGCUCCUCUUUCUGCCACCCAGUGGAUGGGAAGCUCAGCGCUGAACUGGGCAUCUGCCAGUGCCAGGAAUAUGUUUCAGCAGAAGAGCUCUGUGAUGCCCAGUGUCUGGCUAAGGCCCCCCAACUUUCCCUGGCUUGGGGUUCCAGCAGGGAGCUGAUCCUCAGUGUGAAGGGCGAGGCUGGAGACCAUGACCAGAGGGAAGUAUCAAGCACUCUGGGCCCAGACCAGUUCUUCCAAGAGAAUGCCAGGGUCCAUCUGGUCCAAUGUGGUCCCCGUGGCAUCUUUGGCUUUGUCAUCUCCAGAGUGGACAUGCUUGACUCUUUCCUCCUUGAACCACCUGUAUCCAGCCCCUGGCUACAAAGGUAUCAUCGGACUACAGGCCUGGAGUACUCUGUCCCUCAGGACCCUGGCAUUCAUCUCCAUAUUCCAAACCCAGUGGUCUGCCUGAAAGAAGGGGAUGUGAUUCUUUUCCAGCUUCACAUUCUUCCUCACAAUCGCUCAGCCAGUCACUACCCUGUGUACCAGAUGCAGCAUUUGUUCAACAGCAACCCCAACUGGGACUUUGGGGCCUUCAGGAGACUCAGCCACCUCGUGCGAGAGACUCACCUCAACUUUUCAAGGUUUGCCCACCAGUUCCUAGAUCCAGGCACAUAUGUGUUUCGAGACAACACACUGCCUGAGAGCAUCAUCGUGGUGCUGGUGAAGAAGAAAGGAGUGGCCUGCGAUCCUGGCCUAUCCCCUGUGCAGCCCUCCUCCCCAUAUCAGCUUGCCAGGCAUGGGGUCCUCAGGCACGGGCUGCUAAACCUGGGCCCAGACUGGACAGUGAUCACAGGAGUGCUGCUGGCUGUUGGCUUGGCAACUGUGCUGCUGACAGGCCUCGGCCUUGUGUUGAGGCCCUCCCUGGCUCAGGCCUGCCCUGUAAGGGCUUGGAGGCCCCAGUGGAGGGGCCUUGGGGAGUCUCAUGUGCCUGCUGAGUAUGUGCCCCUCAGGGACAGCCUUCUGUCCUAUGAAGAACUCAGUCCGUGGGGCUCUAGGGAAGGAGCUGAUUCCAAGGAGAAAGUCAUUACCUGGAGCACAGGAGAACCACUCCCCUUGAAGACCCUGGAGGACUUCAGUGUCCGCACUCUCUAUGACAAGCUCGAGGACCAGAGCCUACACGUGGCAGCCCAGCUGAGCAAGCACAGGAGCGAGGCACUGGCCUUCUAUAGGGGUGCCAGCCAGCAGCUCCAGGGGCUCAAGGACUUUCUCCAACACCUCAGCACAACUGAGUGGCAAGCUCUGGACAAGGGUGGAGACCCAGAGAUGGAGGCCACAGCUGCCACCAGGACAGACACUGAGCAGAGUGUGGAAUCAUGGGGCCACCACACUGCAAGUCUACCUAGGGAGCCCUGGCAGCAUCCUCUAGGCCGCACGCCCAGUGUCACACCCCUGGGCUUUCAGCUGGAACUUGACAGAGUGAUUGUGGCACUGGCAUCAGCACUUUCUCACGCACACGGGCAACCAGCUGGGGCCAACAGAAAGGCCUCUGUUCAGGUUGGUGAACAGCCUCUUCGCACCUACCAACAAAACCCUCAACUGGCAAGUAACAUGUCCCUGCAGCCACAGCCUCCACCACCGGAUGAGGAGAACCAAAGUACAAGCUCUCAGCAGGACCUGGGACCUGGACAGCUUCCCCAGUGUGCUGCCAAAGGAGGAGGCACCGAGAGCCCAGGCUCUAGGUUGUGGAUCAUCGGGGCUGGACACAGGCAUGGAGCCUUUCCUGAGAUGCAGAGGAAGAUAUGCCAGGUGGAAAACACUUUGGAUGAGCUGAAUGAGGAGUUCUUCCAGCUCACUGCUCAAGCCCUAGAACUUCAGAAGGAAAAGGACAAACCAGGUCAUCUUCCCCCAAGUGAAGGCAAUACAUUUGUGGAGUUUCCCAGCAUCUUCCCUUAUGUGUGGCAAGAAGACAGACCCUACCCACCAGAGGUAGGUGACCCAGAUGGAGAGAAUCUGGGGACCUGGGCCCUGAAGAGAGAGGAGGCCCUGAUGCUGAGAGUGAGAAGAGCCCACCUGGCUCAGAGGAUUGAAGACCUGGAGUGGGAGCUGUCCCUGCUCCUCCAGGUGGCAGAUGGCAGUGUGUAUACAGGAGGGAGCUGGCCCAGCCUGGGGAGAUGCUGAGUCACACAGGAUGCUGCAGUGGCCAUCUGUAGGAGUGCCUUCUCCACGGAGAACACAACUGGGUUAAUCCAUUCACUCCUGGUAGGAAGGAGUGGGUGUCUCAGGGGCCAACGGGGCCUGGAACAUGUGCUCAGUUUUAUGACAUGCUUCUUUUGGGCAACACCCAAAUUUCUUUCAGAGCCUGGACCUUGGCUUGUGCUGAUUUCUGUCUGCUAUCCUUUGGAGUGAGGGAAAAUAAAAUCAUACAAGUCAAGAAAAUUGA